AUGUCCUCCCGACCACCCGUCGAUGAGCAGCUCCCGCCCAGACCCCCACUCAAGUAUUGGGAGCGCACGGACAUGGUUAACCUUGAAGUGCUCAUCUACGGUUGGCACGAUACAGGCGCUCUCAUACGUAUGCAUCUCCCUCUUAUGGACCGCGACCCGGAUCGCCUCCACGCCGCCACGCGCGGCCUCAUCCGCGACGUCAAGCACUCCCGCAACUGGCGGUGCGAGUUUUGCGGCCGCUUCUCGCGCGAGUCGCAAGUGCAGACAUCCACCGGGCUGCGCGCGGAUCCGCCGCGGAUGGUGAUGUUCAUCCACAACAUCUGCGACCACGACCGCAAGACGUGCUUCCGGAAGCUGAAGGCGGUCUACCGGUACUGCGCGAGGAUCGACCGCCGCGCGCCGCUGCCGCUGCCGCCGCCCGCCCCGAAGCCGCGCAACAUGGUGUACCCGCGCGCGGGCAGCUGCGUGGGGUGCCAGAAGGACUCCACCCUGCUCGGCGAGCAGCAGCGCUGCGAGCGCUGCAACCUGUCGCGAUACUGCAGCAUCAAGUGCCAGAAGGACGACUGGCCGCGCCACCGGGAGACGUGCGAGCGGAUCUGCUUCGUCUCCUACGACACCGUUCCCUCUGAGGACAUUUCGAGGUCUCCUUCGCCUGCUGGUUGA